UCCGGUUAGUUGUGAUGGCAACCGUUAACGUGACAACACCAACUGCAAUUCUAUUUACCCAGUUUGCACUCACCGAAUUCCAUUAAUUGGUUAAUUCAAUCUCCCCCCCUAAAAACAUUAAUCGAGCUAAACAAAUGCAUAGGCCAGUCGAACAGUUAUUUUCCAUUGGACCAAGUGUGAACAUAAACAAUGUCCCAUUUCCUUCAAUUAUUAAGACCCUCUGGCCAUCAAUAAUGACUGUUGCAAUAAAUAGAAAAGUUUGUCAUGCUGAUUUUUAUUUAAGAGUAUUAUUCCAAGGAGUGUAAAGAUAAAGCUCCCAGGAACGGGUAAAUGCCAAUAAAAUCGAGACACAGUGUAUCGAGAGGUGUUUCAGUGAACAUUAAAACUUCGUGGGCAGAUCAAGGACUCACCUCUGCUGUUACCAAUCUCGUGAAUAUGGCAAGGUUUCAACAACGACAAUUGAUGGAGAAGGAACAGAAAUUACUUCAACUUUAUGAUCAACAACAGCAGAGGGCUCAUCAGGUCGCUCAACGCGGUAGUGCUGGAUCGAAUACGUCGAAAGGAUCGGGUUCCGGCACUACUAGUCAAUCUGUAACCCGAACCACAACCACCAGUCAUUCUACAUCUAAUUCGCAAGGUGGAAAGGUGCGACAAAUGUUCGACGAGAGACGACAAACAACAGUGAAGGGAAUCGAUAGAAGUUACCCCCUGGAGCCUCUGGAAAAUAAACCACGAAAACCCACUGGUCCAACAACCCAGAAAAACAGUACAGUAUCCAGUCGGCACUCGGUCACUGUUAAACGUACGAUACGUUCAGAGGCCAAUGGCAAUAUCAAUAAUGGAAAACCUGUGAUCAAUUACCACGAGGAAGUGACACGGGAGACAUUUGGCCCAAAACUCGUGCAUCAACAGGACGAUACUGAUGAGUUUUACAACGAAAAUGAUUUAACGGAAUGGAAUAAUAGUAAUCAAGAGCCCAACACCUACGGAAUCGGUGGACUCGAUCGGGGAAGAGGAGCCGAACGGACCAAAUAUGGAAACACCAAGAAGGAAGCGUUACUCGGAAAGAAAAAAGAAACACCAUCUUCUGGUGUUGCCCCAAGGAUUGGAAAAGCUCAGGGACCGGAAGAUCCAAGGAGGAUUACCUCUAAUGAGACGAAAACUGUCAGUAGAAACAAUUCGGACAUUACUCUGAGGCCCACGUCUAGAGAUUCCAGUCUAGGCGAGCAGUCCGCCGAUGGUGUUGACGGCUGCGAUAAUCAGGCGCGACAAAAUCCUAGUGAGACUACAAUUGUUAGAAAAAAAUCGGCAUUCGCCGUGGAAUUGGAGGAGGAGCCGAAUUCCAAGCCGAUUUUCGGUGUGAAGGAUGCACCGAAUGAUCGACAAUCACCUGAAAGAAAAGGUACAUCCCAAUCGAGACAAAAAGUAUCGAACACUCGGCCAACUUCGGCAGUAUCGACGAACUCAAGUUCCAGUUCAAAUCAAGGAGGAAGUUCUCCGACCUCUAAGCGCAGAAUGGCAACAAGAACACGAGGAACAGCUUCUGGUAGCCGCACACCGAGUGCUAGAGCCAACGUCUCAGCUUCUAAUACUGAUUCUGGACUUGCGGGAUGUAAAAUUUGUGGAAGAAAAUUUGCAGCGGAUCGCCUAUCUCUUCAUGAACAAAUCUGUGCGAAGACGACGCAGAAAAAGAGGAAAACGUUUGAUCCGGUUGUUCAAAGAGUCAAAGGAACUGAAUUGGAACCGUUCGUUAAAAAAUUGGGAAAGAAAGGGAGUGACAAGAAAGCAAAAAAACCCGAAGUCAAAUCGAAUUGGCGUCGUAAACACGAGGACUUCAUAAAUGCAAUAAGAUCCGCGAAGCAGAUGCAAGCGCACUUGGCAGCAGGUGGUAAACUAAGUGACUUGCCACCUCCACCAGCAAGUGAUACCAGCGAUUACAUCCAGUGUCCACACUGCGGUAGAAAAUUUAAUCAAGGUGCUGCUGAACGUCACAUACCGAAGUGUGAACACAUGCUGCACAAUAAACCGAAUCCACGUGCCCCUCCCAAACCCAGGCGUUAAUGGUUUAACAAAAAAAAAAACAGUAAUGGAAAAAAAUUCCAAUGAAGAGUCAAAUUAAUGAGCACUAAUAGAUUCUCCUCAUAAUUUUUGCUGAUUAUCAUUAUAACCCUCUGCUGUAUAACUCCAUAAAAAUAGGCUGAUAUUGAGAUGAAUUCGAAUGACGAGGAGAAGAGAGUUUUGAAAGAAUAGUCCGUGGUGCUGAUGUACUAAUGUAAAUAAAAAUGGGAACAAUAAAAUUAAUAUUGAAAAUUC